ACUCGAACAGCCGCAAGCGAUCAUCCUCGCGAAGGUGGCAGUCGACACUUGCUCGUCGACCAGUCUGGCCAGGUUCGAGGCGCCUUCGAGUGGCAGCAGCUAAAGUCCAUUAGGGCUGUUGAAAACGACAGUUUAGCAGCUCCAAACAAAAGGAGUUUUAAGUCUACCUUAACUUGGCUGGACUUGACUGGGCCGCAAUUCCAACGUCGCUCCAUCGUCUAUUCAGUGAAGCUCGUUGGAGGUGUUAAUGAUGAUGAUGUUGUUGAUGAUGAGGAUAAGAAUGAUGAUGAUAGCAGUGGAAAAUGUCCCGGGGCUCCAGGCAAGUCCGCCUGGGAUGGGUCCAGUUUCAUGACGUCGUUCGCUGAUUGGCGCAAACGAUCUGACCAAUGGCCGGGCUGCAUUUGUAGUGGUAAUCUCUGUGACGGCUCAACACGUCAUCGCAUUCCACCAAUCCCGGCCUUUUCAACUGAGCCUCACUUCUGCCAGAGACUAGAUCAAUUCUCUGGCUGUCUCCACAGCCGGUUUCUUAACGACGGUCUCGAGAGGACCCCCUUGGUCUUCUGCUCCUCUCUCUCAUCCUCCACCGCGUCAACUGCCUCGUCUUCUUGUCUGCAGGUGCUUGGAUUUCUGCCGGGUCGACUGCACCUCGAUCCUGCUGCCACAACCCACUCAUAA